AUGUAUCACCAGAAUCCACCACCUGAGGCAGUCCCUGCUGUGCUGCCAUUAUCGACUGCAAUAAAAAAUCGUAGCUGGCUUUCCGCAGUUCCAUUAAUUGCCUUAUGCUGUCUUGGGAUAUUGGGUUUACUAUUAGCAGCAACUAUUGUUUUAGUCUUGAUACCUGUGUAUCUACCAAAACGAACAGUGGCAGUUGAAGCUAAUCAAAGGGCAUUCGACUCACCAGCUGAUAUUAUAGAACACAUUGAAAAACAGGACGGGCAGUAUUUGUGCUAUAUCUCUUCAUAA